AUGGAUUUUCUAAUCCGCCUUGCCCACUGCCAUUUCUCCUUCCGCCAACCGGAGCUCGAAUCCUUGGCCACUCUCCUCGAGGUUGAUCUGGAAUGGGUCUACUACUCGGAUAAGUCUCCAUACUGCAUCGUGAAGCUGCCUGAUGAAGCAACCGCACGUGCUCUGGUUGCGCGCAGCAUCCUCGCCAAAGACGUGUACGAACUAUGGGGCCAAGGCAGUGUCUAUGAAGAGCUGCACGCAGACGUCCGAAAGCGCACGGCGAGCCGCUGGCCUGACUACGAGCACCGCACAUUCUCGUUCGUCGUGGAUUCCUUCUUGGGCAAGCGCAGCUCUGGCAAGAAGAUCGAAAUCAUCCAGUCCUUCGCCUACACCGGCUUUAAAGGGCCCAUCCGCAUGAAAGACCCCCAGGAGAAAUUCUGGGUCAUGGAAGAGUACGAAGAAGACUUGAGUCAUCGGACCGUCAAUCUUGACCAGCCGCAUGAGCCGCGGAUGAUUUUCAUGGGACGAUACCUGGGCAAGAGCACACGAGAUGCCAUCUUGAAGUAUGACCUGAAGAAGCGCAAGUACAUCAGCACCACCUCCAUGGAAGCGGAGUUAAGCCUUGUGACCGCGAAUAUGGCGCUCGCUGCCCCGGGCAAGCUCUUCUACGAUCCGUUUGUGGGGACCGGGAGCUUCAUGGUGACAGCGGCGCAUUUCGGCGCACUCAGCAUGGGCUCGGACAUCGACCCCCGGAGCUUUCGUGGCAAGGAAGAGGAGAACUGGGGUCCGCCCGCCGUGACGCACAAUUUCAAGCAAUACGGAACCGAAAGCAAGUUUGUGGAGGCGUUCACCUCGGAUCUGACGAAUACCCCGCUGCGAAACGUCCAAUUCCUCGACGGCAUCGUGUGCGACCCGCCAUAUGGAGUGCGAGAAGGCUUGCGGGUCCUUGGCACCCGCAGUGGAAAGGCCAUCGAACCCGUCAUCAUUGACGGGGUGCCCGCCCACUACCGGCCCGGAUAUAUCCCACCCAAAAAGCCCUACGGGUUUGAAGCCAUGCAGAGGGAUGUCCUGGGCUUUGCUGCCCGAUCGCUUGUGACGAAUGGCCGUCUGGCGAUGUGGAUGCCGACAGCCAUGGAUGAGAUGGAUCUCCCCCUGCCUAUGCAUCCGAACCUCGAGCUGAUCAGUGUUUCUACUCAAUCGUUUCAUAACUGGGCACGCAUGCUGUUGACGUACCGCCGCCUUCCUGAAGGAGAGGUGUCUGACACAGCUCUAGCCAGAAACAAGGCGGACGAUGAAGGCGCUUCGGCGGAUGAUCUCAAUGAGUUCCGAAGAAAGGUAUGUAUCUCUAAUCUCAAAAGCUGCACAUCACCCAGCUAA